UUCACACACUUACUACUACUCGUUCAUAGACAGGGGGUUGCAUUGACUGAAAUUUAAUUAGAAUACCUAAGCUCUAUCUUAUGUAAAAUAGCACAUACGUAUUUACCUAGGGCUUUCCGAGAAAAUCGAGCAAAAAUGUAAUUGCAAUGUUAGUACGCCCGAAGUGCUUGAAAUGAACAAAUCGAUUUCACCUACAACAGGAAGUGCAGCUUCGUCAGAAACAAGCGAAUCACAAAGUGCUAGUGAUGAUUUUCAAGGAUUAAAUUUACCAAGGCAAACAACUACAAAAAAUUGGAAGAAAAUUAAGGAAAUUAGCGAGAAAGACGACAAGCGACCACCAUGGCGAAUGGCGAGUGUCUCGACGCUACCAAAGGCUGAUAAAAGUGCCCUUUUGCGCGCUAAACUUUUGGACGCUUCGAGGAGGAUGCGUGCCGGAAAGAAUCAAAUAGGCAUUCAAACUGAUUUGAUACCCACUAAAGUGAUGAAGGAAGUACCUACGCAAAUAUAUGAAAGUUUGAUUCCAUUGGAAGAUAAGGAAAUUUUAACGGAUGGAACCAUCGCAAUACGUCCAGAUGGCGGAAAAGAAUUUCUUCUCACUCAUUCGGUUGCUCAAAUGACUGACGGUAUACAAGUAUCUGAUGCAGCUACUCAAACGGCAACCCCUCGAAUAUCACAUAAUUUCUUCCAAGCUUACAGUGAAAAAUUCAGUGACAAAAGUGGCACAGAACUCGAUGAAAGUCUGACUGAAGGAGAAAGAAAACUCAUAGAGCAGCGAAAAGCCCUUCGGGAAAUUGAUCGUCAAUUAACACAAAAUUGCUUCAGAAAUUCCAACUAUCGAUCUGAGGAUGAAAUCUCUGACGAUUCACUAUCUGACUCAACUAGAAAAUUUGAAUCACUCAAAUCAAAUGGAUUUCCUAAAAUACCGAAAUCAACGCUAGCUUCGUGGCACUUUGAUUUUUCCGAUGAUGACGAUCCACCAGCUUUACCACGCCGGGUGGGCACUGAAAUACCUACACGACCAUGGAAUUCAUUUCGUGACAUGAUAAUUGGAAACAAAUUGGCUAACAUGAAACUAUCGCCAACGCCUGUGAGGAGAGCCAGCCUUAAGAAAAAAAGUGUGUCAUGGGGCGAAUCGCAACAUAAUGCGGUUGCGGAACUUGUUAGUGAAGCUAAUGCCUUACUUAAUGUGUUCGAUCAAAUGUCUAUCGUAUUAGGACCUGAUUUACAAUUGAGUAAGCUUCCUGAGAAAGAAGAUACAAACAUCCAAUAUUUGUCUGAAUAUUGGGAUCCAAUAUUAAGAGAAUCCGAAAGAGGUUUAGACGAAAAAGUUAGGAGUUUGAAGUAUACUACUUUAAAGAAGUUUAAGCCAGUAGAACCGGAAUAUGUAGAAGAUUUAAUACAUAUUUGAAGAUUCUUAACGAAUUAUUAAACUGGUUAGUUGGUGCUUUUGGAUUAAAAACAUUAACAUUAGCCAAGCAAACUAACCACGAAGGUCAAAUGUUAGAUACAAAUCACCGUAAUAAAAGCUACUUUCCUACCAAUAAGUUAGUGGGGUUAUAAUUUUUUGGAAACUAAUUGAGGGAAAAAAAUAACCUUAAGAAAUUAUAUUUUUCAAAAAAUUUCCAAUCCUAAUUUUUAAAAAGCAUAGAUAGAGGUUAUACUUUUGGAGCACAUCAUAGUUGAUCCGUCAGACGGUAAAUAAAUAAAAAUAAAUUCAAAAUGUUCCCUCAAGGUUUUUAGAUGUAAUUUUUAUCUAAGUAUUAACGUUAUACUUAGAAGGCCUAUGUUACUUAUGCAGAUCCAUGUGAAUUCUAUCCUGGAUUUUAAUAAAGCACUGAAUGAUUGAAAAUAGAAAAUGAAAA